AUGUUCUCCGUUUUGCACUACGGCCCCCUGAAGAGUCACGGGGACUCGUCUGAAGUCCUUACAGCCUCUUCGGCCAAACAGUUUGGGCAACACACUAAUAUGACCCCUCUGUGGAAAGCCCUGCCAGGCCCCAGCACCAACCUACCAGCUCCAGCACCAACCUGCCAGCCCCAGCACCAACCUGCCAGCCCCAGCACCAACCUGCCAGGCCCCAGCACCAACCCUGCUAGGUCCCAGCACCAACCUGCCAGGCCCCAGCACCAACCUACCAGCUCCAGCACAAACCUGCCACGCCCCAGAACCAACCCUGCUAGGUCCCAGCACCAACCUGCCAGGCCCCAGCACCAACCUACCAGGCCCCAGCACCAACCCUGCCAGGACCCAGCACCAACCCUGCCAAACCCCAGCACCAACCCUGCCUGGCCAGGCCCCAGCACCAACCCUGCCUGGCUAGGCCCCAGCACCAUUCCAGCCCUGCAUAGCAUGAGCUCAGACACGGACCUGCCCAGUUCUUAUGCCAGCACCAGCUCACCCUUGCCCAGUAAUGCCAUUGCUAGCUGUGGACUACCAACUCCAGAGGACAUCUAG